GAAUUCUGGAGGCAGAGGUACAAUCAGAUCAGCUGUGAACAGCUUACAUAGCAAAUCUAAUAGAGCUGAGGUUGUAAUAAAUGGCUCUUCGCUGCCAGCUGUCGUUGACAGAAGUCAUGAAAGCAUUAAGCACAGCAUCCAGCCAGCUUCAUCCAGAUGGAGACACAACCAGACACUCUCUCUGAGAAUCAGGAAGCAGAUUUUAAAGUUCUUGGAUGCAGAGAAGGAUAUUUCUGUCCUUAAGGGGACCCUGAAGCCUGGAGACAUUAUUCAUUAUAUCUUCGAUCGAGACAGCACAAUGAACGUGUCCCAGAACCUCUAUGAACUCCUCCCCAGAACCUCACCCUUGAAGAAUAAGCAUUUCCAGACUUGUGCUAUCGUGGGCAACUCGGGAGUCUUACUGAACAGUGGCUGUGGGCAGGAGAUUGAUACCCACAGCUUUGUCAUAAGGUGCAAUCUGGCUCCAGUACAGGAGUAUGCUCGGGAUGUGGGCCUCAAGACAGACCUAGUGACUAUGAACCCCUCUGUCAUCCAGCGGGCUUUUGAGGACCUGGUGAACGCCACAUGGCGGGAGAAGCUGCUGCAGCGGCUGCAUGGCCUCAAUGGCAGCAUCCUAUGGAUACCCGCCUUCAUGGCGCGGGGUGGCAAAGAGCGUGUGGAGUGGGUCAAUGCUCUUAUCCUGAAGCACCAUGUCAACGUACGCACGGCUUACCCUUCCCUGCGCCUGCUGCACGCAGUCCGAGGGAUCUACCUUUAUGGCUUCUGGCCCUUUCCACUGGAUCAGAAUCAGAACCCUGUCAAAUAUCACUAUUAUGACAGCCUCAAGUAUGGCUACACCUCCCAGGCCAGCCCCCACACCAUGCCCUUGGAAUUCAAGGCCCUCAAGAGCCUGCAUGAACAGGGGGCAUUGAAACUGACUGUCGGCCAGUGUGAUGGGGCUACGUAA